AAUAACUUGGGAUUUUAUAACUCUUAUGUGUUCGUAGUUCAUACCUGCUCCUCUUCGUCCCACAAUGGUCCCACUUCGAGUUGGUCCAUUAUGCCAUUUAUCGCUGCUAGUAAUGGCCGUAAAGCGAGUGAAGAGCUUAGUCUCGUGUUUUCUCUGGAAUCUGUUAGGAUCACUUUCUUUUGCUGCUGUAAAUUCUGUCAGUAAUUACAUAGUCGACAGCACAGAGUGGCAAAUUGUCUUGUGCUUGAUAUUUUCUGUUAUAUUUGCAGCAUAUAAAUGUUACUGUCAUGUCAAGGAGAAACAGAAGCAAAAUUCCAGCCAAAAAUCUGAGUCUAAUGUAUGCAAUGCAGCAGAGUACCAUGAAUUGUGUGAAAGUCAAACCCGUUUGUCGAGAGAUCAUGAAACCAGUAAAAGAACUAUUGCUGAUUUGAGGGAAGAGAAUAAGAAAUUAAAGAAGCAAGGAAGGGACAAAGAUCUUGCUUUAGCUCAAAUGACAAAGAAGCAUGCUAAGGAGCUACGCUUGAAAGAGGAAGCAUUGAAGCAAAAAAACCAGCGUAAACUAGAAAUUCUGAGGCAAAGAGAAGAGAUUAAUAACCUCACAGACGAACUUAAUGAGGCAAAUAAUGAGGCAAAUAAUCAGUCAUCAUCUCUAAAUGAACAAUUAAUCCAGACACAGCAGCAAUCGGAUGCACAAGUCGCUUCUUUAGAAGAUAAACUUGCCAAACGUAAUGAAGCAAUAGCAUCUCUGGAAGAUCAUUUGAGCGCCAAAGACUUGGAACUGAGCCAGCUGCAAGAAGAGCUCACUGCUAGUAGGAGUAAAGCCACUUCUUUAGAGCAAGAAAUAAGGCAGCACGAGGAAGCACUCAAAACAGCGAUAGAACAUGUUUUUACAAAUGUGGAUGAUCUCUGUGCAAUGUAUAACAUGACUUGUGAUCAUCUGGUGCAUCAUUUAAAGUGCUUACCUCCUCCACAGUUAGUAGUUUGUUCUGCUCCUGUGUUUCAGUGCAACAAUCGCUAUAGCUUAGAAGGGGAUGAUGUCUGUGAGCUGUCUGAAAGAGAUGAUGAAGGAGAGCUCUUCAUUCCUCCUGAUCAUAAUAAUUCUCAGUACACUCAUCAUGCUCUAGUGACAAGCACCCUGUCAAUUGAUGAAUGGAACUAUUAUUAUUAUAUUCCAAUGGAAGCAACCAGCUACUGUUCCCAAGUAUCCACUGAUUUACCUCCUUUGGACUUUAUACCAUUUAGCUUGCAAUUUUCAAAAUACCAAGAUCGAUUAGUUGUGUCUCCUGUAUUUCUUCCAUUCCCUCCUCCGGCACCUCUCGCUGAACUUCACUUAAUCCCAACAUAGCUAGGCAACUUUCAACUUGUGGUCAGAGCUUUAAUGUAGUUGGUUGCAACAUGUUUUAUAUAAAGUAAAGUGGCUCUUUAUUUUCAGUGACAAGUUACCUGACGGCAUCAAAAGUUCUGGCAACAAAGUUACCUAGUGUAUGUUGGACUAGUAAAA